AACAUACAUCUCAUCAAAUCUUUUUUUUUUUGGGACACUGAUUGUAUUCAUAAUUCAGAAGUACCAAACCUCCAAAACAAACGUUCACACACCUCAAGAAAAAGAGGAUUGGGAGGGAUCAAAAGAAUAAGUACGAUAGGAGAAAGCCAAAGCAAAGCUUAAUAGUAUUAGAAAACUAAAAGGGUCACCAAUAGGUGAUGAGAGUAGGAAGAAAACCGGCUGAUCCAAGUAGAUAGUUCAGACACGGUCACGACUCAAGUGCACGACGCCUUCUCAUCAAAUCUCAGAAGAGAGAUAAUAUAUUUGCUUCAAUAACUAGACUUGCGUUUAUCAUAUAAACCAAAAAUAUUUAUCUUCCUGAGGUCAUAUUUACCUUCUCUGGAUUGUGUGCUUAAACUGAUUUAAGCACAAUAGAUAGGUUGAUAAAUAGAAUAUUCUCUUUAUAACAUCUCUGCUUAUGUUACUAAAGAUAGGUAAGGUCACAAGCUAUUUGUGGUUGUGACUCAGGAAGAUCUAAACUUAGAAACUUUCUCUAGAAAGAAGCCGAUUUAUUCAUAACAAAUCACAAAGAAACAAAAAGAAAAAAGAAAGAUUUGUUUAGUUCGUUUCACCAAACAUUUUCAGGUCAUUAAAAAAAAAAACUUUCUCAAUUCUCAAAGAUCUCAAGAAUGAACAUGAGACCAAACCUCUAGCUUUUCAGGCAUUAAGGUUCAAGAAACAACAACAACACAUAAGAGUUUCCUCCAAAAAAUGAUUAACCAAUUCAGCUCUGUCUCAUUACUCUACGCCAUUGAGAUCGCAGACGCUACGCAAAACAUAGACUUCACAUGGUCAAGAACCAUCUCUUCACAUUCGUUAACCAUCAAAACAGAGAAUAUCAAGAACGAAGAACAUGACCAUCAUCAUCAACAGGUGAAGAUAGAUCUUGCAGGCUCUUCCUUUUGGGGUAAGAAAGGUCUAAAGAGCUUAGAAGCUAACCACACAAAGGUCGAUGUAUACUGGGACUUUCGCAAAGCCAAGUUCUCAACCUUCCCUGAACCUUCUUCAGGCUUCUACGUCUCUCUCGUGUCCCAAAACGCUGUGGUUUUAACCAUAGGAGACUUAAAGAACGAGGCUAUGCAAAGAACCAAGAAAAAACCCUCGGCUACAGAAGCUGCCUUGGUGUCCAAGCAAGAGCAUGUUCACGGGAAACGUGUGUUUUACACAAGGACAGCGUUUGGUGGAGAGUCCUCAAGACGCGAGAACGAGGUGGUGAUAGAGACUUCUCUCUCUGGUCCUAACGACCCUGAGAUGUUUAUCACCGUUGACGGUGUGCCGGCGAUAAGGAUCAUGAACUUGAACUGGAGGUUUAGAGGGAAUGAAGUUGUGACUGUGAGUGAUGGUGUUUCUGUUGAAAUCUUUUGGGACGUUCAUGAUUGGUUGUUUGAAACGUCUGGUUCGUCUAGUGGGUUGUUUGUGUUCAAGCCUAAGGUUGGAGAUGAAUCUAGAACUCUUAGCUUCAAUGGUGGGUAUGAUGGUGAGAAUGAUGAUGGUAAUAGUGGUGGUGAUAAUGAUAAUGGUGAUGAUGGUGGUGAUGAUGGUGAUGAGUCGCCAAAGUAUUGUCAUGUUUUGUAUGCUGUGAAAGUUUGAUUCAGCGUUUUGUGUAAUUUUCUUUUAUGUAAUUUGAAUAUUUAGGAGAUUCAUAUAUUUUUUAUUUUGUGUAUGGACAUUCCAUGUAUAUGAUGUGUAAAGAAGACUGGCAGACUCAGAGGCUUUUAAGAUGCUAUGGACAAAAAAUAAUGAUGUCCUAGACCAAAAGCAACAACAGACAUGCAUUGUGUCAAGCCCAAGAUGUGGAGCAUCUUCUUGGUAAAGAGCAAGCUCCUGCAUUGGAUGCAUCAGAUAAGCACAAGGAUAGUUGAGCUGCCAAAUUCAUUUCAAUUCUUAGAUUUCGAGUGUGUCACCUGAUGAUACCAUAUGUUCUAGCCAUUAGGGUUUUGGCUUAUAUGUAUAAAUACAAUGUUAGCACCAUUGUAAAAGAAAGAGAUAAGCGAUAAGAAAUGAAAGAAUAUUCAUUGACUUCAUUAUUAUUUUCUACAGUUCAUCUUUGCUAACAUAUAAUUCUUAAAUGAAU